AUGGAAGGCGUUCAAUUAUGUAAUACAAGUGUACUUGGGAAAGAAAAGGAAUUGACAUAUGAAAGAAUGUUAUCUAUGGAAUUUGAAGACACAUCUAUUAAUAUUUCAUCAAGCUCUAUGAGAAAUGAACUUGACAAGUUGUUAGGGACAGUUAAAGAUGAGGAACGUCAGAAGUUCUUCAAGAUGGAAAUGGAUAAUUUUUUUUCUCUUUUUAAUAGAUAUUUGUUAAAUAAAAUGAAAAAAACGCUACAAUGGGAGAGAAUAAAAAUACCUAAUAAUGAACAAGUAUUGCAAUAUAAAACUAUUAAAGAGGCAGAUAUAAAUUCUGCAAGAGUACUUCUUGAUAAAUUAGUUGUUCUUAAGCUUAAUGGCGGACUUGGAACCACUAUGGGAUGUGUUGGACCUAAAAGUAUUAUUGAGGUUCGAGAGGGUCAUACUUUUCUUGAUCUUAGUGUUAGACAAGUAGAGUAUCUCAAUAAAAAAUAUAAUGUUAAUGUUCCAUUGGUCCUUAUGAACUCAUUUAAUACGGAUGAAGAUACUACUAGAAUUAUUAAAAAAUAUACAGGACAGAAUGUUGAUAUUCUUACAUUUAAUCAAUCUAGAUAUCCUCGUAUAAGUAAAGAAUCUUUAUUACCUAUUCCUCGAACAUAUGACUCAUGUAUUUUUGAAUGGUAUCCACCUGGUCAUGGGGAUUUGUUUAAAGCUCUUUCAAACAGUGGUUUACUUGAGAAAUUGCUUUCUCGGGGAAAAGAGAUAUUAUUUGUAUCUAAUAUUGAUAAUCUUGGUGCUGUUGUCGAUUUAAAUAUUUUGCAAUAUAUGGUUGAUAAUAAAUCCGAGUAUAUAAUGGAAUUAACAGAUAAAACGAAAGCAGACAUUAAAGGUGGAACAAUUAUUGAUUAUGAGGGUAGUAUUCGUCUUCUUGAAAUAGCUCAAGUACCUCCACAACAUGUAGAGGAAUUUAAAUCUAUAGAGAAAUUUAAGUAUUUUAAUACCAAUAAUAUUUGGCUUGAUUUAUCUUCGAUUAAACGAGUCCUCGAAAAUAAUGAAUUAGCAUUAGAAAUUAUUCCAAACUAUAAAAUUCUUUCAUCUGAUGUAAAAGGAGAUAAUGACAUAAGCGUUAUACAACUUGAAACAGCAAUUGGAUCUGCAAUUCAUUAUUUUGGAAACUCUCGUGGAAUUAAUGUUCCUCGCAGUCGGUUUUUACCUGUUAAAACAUGUUCAGAUCUUUUUCUAGUUAAGUCGGAUCUUUACUCUUUACAACAUGGUCAACUUACUAUGGAUGAAACCCGUUUUGGAGGAGUUCCGCUUAUAAAGUUAGGAAAUCAUUUUAAAAAGGUUAGCGAUUUUCAAAAACGGAUUCCAUAUAUUCCAAAAAUUCUUGAAUUAGAUCAUCUUACCAUGACUGGUGCUAUCACUUUAGGAAAAAAUGUUGUUUUAAAAGGCACAGUCAUCAUUGUAGCAGGCGAUGGUCAAAGUAUUGACAUACCAAAUGGAUCUAUACUCGAAAAUACAGUAGUUACAGGAAACUUAAGACUUUUGGAGCAUUAA